AUGCAGAAAAUCAAUGAUAGAAAACAAGUUGAAGUAGCCAGAAGCUCUAAGAAACGUUUCUCAAUUUCAAGAGAAAUAGCAAACAGAAAAAUGAGCAACUCUAAUUUAUUCUCUUCAGAAGAAAGUAAAAUAAGAAUGCUUGGAAGCAGACAUUCAGUUUCAUCAAUCAAAAGUAAACAAAAAGUGAACGUUUCUAUGAACAAAGAUUUAUCUCCAGGAUCAUCAUCAUUCUCUAGUGAUUCAGAAUCAAAUAAGGAACCUUUAGAUUAAUCGAUAAUUUUGAAGGAUAAUAUUGGAAUUAUAUAAUAAGGUCAAUCGUCUUUUUAUUAAGUGUAGGAUAAAUUAAUUUUACCUAAUAUGUCAUUUGAAUAAGAAUUCAUGAAUCCUUUAGAUAUAUCAGAUGGAAUUGAAAGAUCUAUUUUAAAAAUCUAGUUUAUUGAUUUCGAACAUAGAUGGGGAAUGAAAUAAGAUAUAAAUAUUUAAAAAUAAUGUGGAGGUGAUUAAAUGCUUAUGUCUUAAGCUAGUGAAGGUAUGUCUUCACAUAGAUCAUUAAAAAUGUCUCAUCGAAGCAAAAAAGGAGCGUUAUAAUCAAAGUUGCAAGCAGCUCAAAGCAAAGGCAAUUAAUAAAUAAGUGAUAGUGAAGAAGAUGAUUAUACUGACAAUUAAUAGGAGGAUGAUAAAAUAAAAAAAAAAUAUGAAAAACUUUAUGAAAGAAAUCCAUUUGAAGAUCCUUAUUAUGUUAAACUAAAAGAUCUCCAUGGAUUUGAAAGGUUGCAUCAUGAAAUAAAUGUAAAAAUAUAAUAAAUAUUGUUAGGCUUAUAAUGAUGAUAAACGAUUUCUGAAAUUAAGAAAAUAAAUAGUUUAUUAUUCAUUAUAUAUUCCAAUACUAUGCAAAAGAAUAAUUAAUAGUGUUCUAUUUAAAAUUAUAAUGUCCUUUCUUAUUAUUUUUAAUGUCACAUUAUACAUUUACUCAUAAACUUAAUAAGAUCCAUUGUCAACUAAAAAUAUGGAGAAAGGAAUUAUGGUUUGUUUUUUGAUAGAGUUGGCAAUCAGAAUAAUAGCUUCAGGAGUAAUAAUUCCAAAAGGAGCUUUUUUUAAGAAUUUCUAAGAUAUCUUUGAUUGCAUUUUGGUUGUGGUUUACGUUUUAAAUCUUAAUUAUACUGAUGUCUUUAUAGUAGAUAUAUCUCCCUUAAGAAUGAUAACCUUACUACUUUAUUUAGGAGAUAUCUUUUCAGGGUUAGGAGUAAUGUUAAAAGCUUUGAAAUAAUCUUUUAGAUUUCUUUUAGAAGCUUUAAUGAUAGUUGGAUUAUUUUCAUUAUUUUUUGCUAUAACAGGAGUAUUUAUGUUUCAAGGUUUAUUUAAUUAUAGAUGUUAAUAUGAUAAUGGAGAUGAAAGUGAUGGUUGGAUAUAAUGCAAUUAAAAUUCAUGUUAUGAGGAAGGGAUGUCCUGUUAAUUUUCAUCUUUCACUCCUAAACCUCCAACAUCAUUUAAUAAUGUAGUUUAUUCAUAUGGAUAAGUUUUGAGAACAAUUACAAUGGAUGAUUGGAGUUGGGUAAUGUUUUUUACAAUGAGAAUCUAUCAUCCAUGGACUUGGUUAUAUUAUUUAUUUAUUAUUUUUGUUUGUGGUUUUUUUGGGUUUAAUUUGGUUAUUGCAGUUAUUAAAAUUCAUUAUGCAGAAGCUACAGAGGAGAAUGCAAAAGAAGAAGAAAUGAGAUAAAUAUAAUAAAAAAUAAAGGAAAAUAGAGAAUUACCAGAGAGAGAUAUUAUUAAUGUAUUUGAUGUUGCUUUUUUACGAUACAUUGAAUUUUUUCCUGUUAUUCAAAGAUAUAGAUUAGCAUUGAAAUCUUCUUAUAGAUCCAUUAAACUAGAAGAAAAUGUAGGUGAAAAAGGGAAUUCAAAUAAAACAAGAAUACUUUCAGCAAAAUAAAAAAAGAAUGAUGAUUAAAAUCCAUAAGUAAUAAUAUUAUCACUUUAUUUAGUUAGGAUUAUUUAAGAGAAUAAUUUAGAAAAUUUAAAAUUUAACAAUAAAAAAUAUUCUUCUUCCAAAGUUUUUAAUAUUAAAUGAAAAAUAAAAAAAUAUUCAUAUUAGAAAAUAUACUGAAGAUGAGAUUGAAUUGUAAAUAUUGGAAAGAUUAAAGUCUUUUUAAUUCUCUUAAUUAUAAUCUUGUGUAAAUUAAUAAAUACAAUAAAGUUUUGAAAGUGAAGGAGAUGUUUUACCAACUCUUAAGUAAUUAAAAUUUCAAUAAUAAAUAGUUUACCUGAUUGUGAGAAAAAAGAAUUAGAGAAAGAAAUAAUAAAUAUGAGAAAUUAAAAAAUACCAGUUGUUUAUCCAGAUAUUAAAUAAAAAAAGAUUGAAUAAAUUUAAUAUGACCAUAAGAAACAUAGUAAAUUUCCAGUUAGAAGAGUAAAAAGAAUCAUUAUAAAUUAAACUGAAGAUGAAUAAAAUGAAACAAAUAAUUCCAUAGAUUAAAACAAUUUUAAUUAAAAGUUGAGUAUUGCACAAUCACAUAAGUUAAAAACUUCUUAAGGUGAUAAUAUAAUUCCAUUUGCCAUAAAAAAAUAAGAUUAAAAUUAUGUCUAUAUUCAAGGUUAUUACUUAAAUUAUGAUGGAGUUUCUACUAAGAUUAACGCUAAGAUAUAAAAAAACAAAAAUACUCAAUCUUCAAAUGAAUUUUAAUAUAGAUUAUUAAGAAGAAAAGAUAUUCAAUAGAAUCAAAUUUCGAAAAAAACUUGGUCUGGAAAUGAUGUUUUAAAAUUAAAUGAAUCAAGAUUAUUGAAUUUUAGAGACGUAUUAAAAAGAUUGAAUUUUAUUGAUAUUUAAAUUUGGAUGCUUGGAUUUAAAGGUAAGAUAGAAACCUUACGUAAAUACUCUUAUCUAUUCAUUACAUCUUAAAUCAGCUAAUUAUUUUUUGAUUGUAUUAUUUUAAUCAAUUUUACAUUCCUAUCAUUAUAAGGAAUAGCUGAUUCAGUAACAAUAUCAAAUGAAGAAGAUGUUUCUACUAUAUUCUUAUGCAUUGAAUUAGUAUUAAGAUUUUUUGCUUUUUCUUUUAAAGAUAUAUCUUAAAGUCCUGAUUAUGUACUAUAAUCUUGUAUUGUGACUUUAAACUUUAUUGAACUUACAAUGAGUUCAGUAAUGACAAAUUUAAAUGAAUAAAAUCUUAGAUUGAUAAGAGGAACUAAAUGUCUUCUUUUUUAUAGAGUAUUGAAAUAUAAUAAAAUGGCAGUAGCUAUUGGUCAUAUAGCUUAGAAAACCUUUCGAUAAUACAUAUAUUUAACAUUUUUAUUUUUUUUAGUUAUCUUUGUAUAUGCAAUGAUUGGUAUGGAAAUGUAUGCUGGUUAUUUUGAUUAAACAGAUGCUCUAGGAUAAUUACAUUCAUAUGAUAAUAUAUUUAAGGCUUUUAUGACUAUAUUCAACAUCUUAACUAAUGAUGAUUGGUAUGGAGUUUAUGUUUUGGGAGGUAAUAUCAACUAUGUAUUUGCUGUAAUUUAUUCAUAUUCAAUGGUUAUUAUAUUGAAUUAUAUAACAUAUGGUUUGGUGUUGGCUAUAUUGUUAGAUGGAUUUGGAGCAAUAAGCAAGGAGAUGGAGGAAUAAGAAGAAGAAAAAGAAUAAGAGGAAGAUAAAAAUAAUGAGAAAUAAGAGGAAUAAAAUUCACAGAUAACAGAAUAAUAAGAAAUGCAUGAAUUUUAAUUAAAUUUAAAGCCAUUGAUGUCAUAAAUAAAUGUGAGUGAAAAUCAAUAGAAAAAAUUGAAGUAGCAUUUAAUUUCAAAUCUUAUGAAAUCUAUAAGUAACAUUAAUUUAUUAUUAUUUAAUAGGGCAAGUUCAUAAAGACAUUCUUAGUUAAUACCCUAAUCUUUAUGAUGGAAUUUAAUGUAAAUAAUCUUUAUAUUUAUUUAACAAAGAUAAUAUAUUCAGAAUACUUUGUUGUAGAAUAAUAACUUCAAAAUUCUUUAUUUAUUUUAUGGAUAUAGUGCUAUAUUUUUCAAUAGUAGUAUUUGCUUUAAAAACUUAUAAUGAUUAUGAGAGUGAUUCAUCUAUUUAUCCAGAAAUUUUGUAAUUCAUAGCAAAUAUUUUCUUUUUGUUUGAAAUAAUUAUGGGCAGUAUAGCAAAGGGAAUGUGGAUGAAUAAAGGAGCUUAUAUUACAUAUACAUGGUAAAUAGUUGAUGUAAUUUAUAUUAUUUCAUUUUUCUUUCACUUUCCAACUAAUGCAGAAAAAAGACCAAUAGUGGAAUUCUUUUUAUAUUUUGGAUAUUUUAGAGUAAUGAAAUUAAUGUAUAGAAUAUCAUGGUUAGAUACAUUAAGAUUGGCAUUAGGCAGAUCUUUAGCAGAUAUUUGGAAUGUAUUGAUAACAAUGCUUUCAGUUUGGAUCAUAUUUGGAGUUUAUGGAAUAAUUUUAUAUGAAUAAUAAUUUGGAUUUUGUGAAGAUAAAAUGGAAUUUGAAGUUAAUAAACGAGAAUGUCAAGAGCAAAAUAGGACAUGGAUCAAUUAUAAACAUAAUUUUGAUAAUAUCACAAUAGCUAUUCCUACUCUUUUUGUAGUUUCAACUUUUGAUGGAUGGGGGGAAAUAUUAUAGAUAUCUGAGAACAGUUAAAAUGCUAAUAUUGGACCAGAAGCAUUUAAUAGUUAUAUUCAUACUUAUUUUUUUUUUAUUUCUUUCUGUUUUAUUGGAUCAAUGUUCUUCCUUAGUUUAUUUACAGGAGUUUUAUUUGCAAAUUUGAAAGCUAAUUAAAGUAAGAUUGAAAUGUCAGAUAUCACUAAGGCUUAAGUAGAAUUUAUGAAAAUCUCAUAAAUAAUUAUUAAAGACUUUCCAUUGUAUUCUUCACCUCCAACAUCAACAAUUAGAAGAUUUUCAUCUGAUUUAACAAACAAUAAUACAAUACAAAAAGUUAUGUUUUGUUUAUUAUUACUUGAUUUUAUUGUGUUAUUACUUUUCUUUUCAGAUAUGGAUGAUCAUUUUUUUAGAGCCUUAAAUAAUACUCAUAAUAGUUUAACUUAUGUUUACAUUUUAUGGAAUAUUUUUUUAUUUUUAGCUUUAGGAGUCAAUAGAUUUUUUGAUAAUUAUUGGAGAAGAUUCUAUUUUUUCUUGAUUACAAUAGCCAUAAUUGAUAUUAUUGCUGAUUAUUAAUCAGAUUGGGCAUUAGCUUAUUUUAGAUCAUCUCCAGCUGAUUCAGGAUAUCAAUUCUUAAGAUUAUUCUUUGCUUUAAGAUGUUUGAGAAUUAUUUUGAUUUUCUAAGGAUUGAUAAAUCUAUAGAGAUUAAUGAGAGUCAUGGUUUUUGCUUUGCCAUUUUUAGGUAAGAUCUUUUGUAUAUUAAUCAUUACUAUGUAUAUAUUUGCACUUUUUGGAUGUCAUUUGUAUGGUUAAUUAGAAAAAGGAUAAGUAAUGGAUGAUUAAAUCAAUUUCUAAAAUGUUGCUUAAGCUAUGCUAUCUCUAUUUAAAUGUGCAUCAGGAGAUGAUUGGAGAACUAUAAUGACUGAUACUAUGUUCUAUAACCCUUAUUGUGUUGAAGAUGAAAUCUAUUGUGGAAGUAUUUAUAAUUAAAUCUAUUUCUUCUUAUUUAUGUUACUGUCAAAUUAUGUUUUAUUAAAUUUAUUUGUGUUAGGAUUAGUGGAAUAAUUUGAAUAAUUCUUUAUGCUCUAAAAUUCAAUGAUUUAGACAUAUGUUGAAAAUGUAGAUAAGAUUAAAACCAUCUGGUGUAAGUACUCCUCUGAAACCUAAGGUUAAGCUAUGCAUUAUAAAUUUUUAUGUCGUUUCUUAAUGGAUAUUGGGAAACCUUUAGGUGGAGGAAAAGAUGAAAAUUUAUGGGAUGUUGGAAAAUUGGCUUCCUCAUUUAAAUUAUAAUGGUAUUGGUUAUUAUUAAUAAAAAUAGUGAUCAUUUUGGAUACAUUUAAUAUAAUCAAUUAAUGUAUGAAUUAUUCAGAGUUUGUUAUCAUGUUGAAGUCUUCAAAAAUGGUACAUCUUCUUCUAUCAAGAAGAUUAAGUAAUUUAAUAAAGAAAUGCAACUUCGUUUGAUGUAUUAUAGAAGAAACAGAUUUUUAUAGAGAACAAACAUUAGUCCCAUUUUACAUUUAAAAGCUAAUUUUAAUAUAUUACAUGAUUAUUUGACAGUCCUUAUCAUGUACAAAGCAUGGGAGGCUUUCUCUAAAAAACUAAUUAAAAAGUUAGCCAUUAAAUAGAAUUAAUUUACUGAAUAAGAUUUAGAUGAGUAAGACUCUUCUAUUGAUCAAAAAACUAUGAAUAAUCAAUAGUAAUUAUUUCAUUUUUAAUCAUUAGUAUUGAUUAAGAUUGUAAUGAAUUUCUUUAAGAGGAUGUUGCAUAAUAAGUUUUAUCAAGAGAAUAGGCUCAACCAGAAAAUAUACAUCAAAAUACUCAUUGUUCAGAUGAUGGUAAUUCUAAGAAAGAAGACAUCCCUAUUUAUAAAUGGCAAAGUGAUUAACAAUCAGGAGGACAAUAUGAAAGAGCCUUCAUUUCUCCUGAUUAAACUCUAAAAAAGAGGAAACAUUGA